AUCCCCCAAGACAUUCAAAAUCUUGUUGGUAUUAUGGCAUCACCCUUGUUCAUCCCCCUAAUGCUUCAGGCUUUUCUUGUUUCUACUUAUGUUUCCUCCACUGUGAAUUUCCCUCUUAAUCAAACAGAAACUCUUCUCAAAUGGAAAACCAAUCUUGACAACCAAAGCCAAAGCUUCCUCUCAUCUUGGGUUGGGGACCAUCCUUGCAAAUGGGCUGGAAUUGCUUGUAAUAAAGCUAAAAGAAUCAUCAGCAUAACCAUUCGUGAUCAUGGUCUUAGAGGUACAAUUCAUGACCUUGACUUCUUUGCCUUCCCUGACCUAAUGCAUCUAAGUCUUAGAAAUAAUUCACUUCACGGGGCAAUUCCCUCCCACAUUGUUAACUUGUCCAAACUCACUUAUCUUGAUUUGUCUCAUAAUAACUUUUUGGGGAACAUUCCUUUUGACGUAGGAUUGCUUAAAUCUCUCACUAAACUUGAUUUGUCUAAUAACAGUUUCUCUGGCUCAAUCCCUACUUCCAUAGGAAACUUGAGCAGCCUAUCAUAUCUUUCUCUCUUUGAUAACAUGCUUUCUGGCUCAAUACCUUUUGAGGUAGGAUUGCUUAAAUCUCUCACUGAACUUUAUUUGUAUGAUAACAAUUUAUCUGGCUCAAUCCCUACUUCCAUAGGAAACUUGAACAACCUAUCUUUUCUUUUUCUCUAUGAUAACAUGCUUUCUGGCUCAAUAUCUUCUGAGGUAGGAUUGCUUAAAUCUCUCAUUGAUCUUGAUUUGUCUAAUAACAAUUUCUCUGGCUCAAUCCCUACUUCCAUAGGAAACUUGAGCAACCUAUCAUAUCUUUCUCUCUUUGAUAACAUGCUUUCUGGCUCAAUACCUUUUGAGGUAGGAUUGCUUAAAUCUCUCACCGAACUUUAUUUGUAUGAUAACAGUUUAUCUGGCUCAAUCCCUACUUCCAUAGGAAACUUGAACAACCUAUCUUUUCUUUUUCUCUAUGAUAACAUGCUUUCUGGCUCAAUACCUUUUGAGGUAGGAUUGCUUAAAUCUCUCACUAAUCUUGAUUUGUCUAAUAACAGUUUCUCUGGCUCAAUCCCUACUUCCAUAGGAAACUUGAGCAACCUAUCAUAUCUUUCUCUCUUUGAUAACAUGCUUUUUGGCUCAAUACCUUUUGAGUUGGAUUAUAUUGAUCUCAGCAAUAACAAGUUGUAUGGUGAGCUUUCUUCAAAUUGGUUUCAAUGUCACAAUCUCACAAGCUUGAAGAUCUCUAACAAUAACAUCUCUGGUAAGAUACCUCUUGAGCUAGCUCAAGCCACUAAAUUACGCCGCCUUGAUCUGGCUUCAAAUCAGCUGAAUGGGGAGAUUCCUACGGAAUUAUGCAACUUGACAUCACUGGUCUAUCUCUUUCUAAAUGAUAACCAACUGUUUGGGAGAAUCCCAUUAGAAAUAGGACAGCUACUCAAUUUACAACAACUCAGUUUGUCCGCAAACAAUUUGGAUGGAACAAUUCCAACACAACUUGGAAAUUGCUUCAGGUUAUUGAGCUUGAAUUUAAGUAACAAUCAACUUGGGGGAAGUAUUCCAUUUGAAAUAAAGAGCACAUUUGCCCUUGAAAUUCUUGAUUUGAGUUGGAAUAUUCUAAUGGGAGAGAUUCCACUUGAGCUUGGAAGAUCCCGAACGUUAGAAACACUGAAUCUUUCUCACAACAUGCUUUCUGGACUCAUACCUCCUACUUUUGAUGAAAUGUUGAGCUUGACAAAUGUCAACAUCUCCUACAAUCAGUUGGAGGGGCCCAUCCCUCACAUCAAAGCCUUUUUUGACGCCCCAUUUGAUGCUCUUGAAAACAAUAAAGGCCUUUGCGGCAAUGCGUCUGGCCUAAUGCCUUGUCCAUACAAAAGCCACAUCGAAACAUUGUUAAGUUGCACCUUCGGCUACAUAGCUCCUGAGUUUUUUUACACCAUGCAAGCAACUGAAAAGUGUGAUGUCUAUAGCUUUGGGGUGGUAGCAAUUGAAGUAAUCAUAGGAAGGCAUCCAAGAGAUAUCAUUUCGAAUUUAUGGACAUCAAAUAGCCAAAAGAUGCUGCUGAAGGAUGUUAUAGACAAGCGCCUUCAACCUCAAAGGAGGAACCGAGUAGCUGAGCAAGUGGUUUCAACAACAAAGCUAGCCUUUACAUGCCUGCAUGUCAAUCCCCAGUUGCGGCCCACCAUGCAGCAAGUUUAUCAGGCACUUACUAGGGGUCGACCAUCUCCAUUGCCAAAGUCAUAUUCAAUGAUGAGUUUAGGGGAUUUGAUUGGAGAUGGACAUGGAGUGCAGAACUGAGUUGCUGAUGAUUUGGAUAUUCGUCAUAUUUAUAAGUAUAUAUAUGUCGAUCAUUUAUCCUUUUUAAUAUGUCUACCCUUUUCUCUCAACAACAACUAUUUCAGUGCUUUGUUUGUUGCUCUCUUCAUGAUGCAUUUAUUAAUCUGUAUUCACAGGCUGCUAUUUACUGAUGCAACGGAAUUGUUCCAUAUCCGUAUUACUGGUUGCCAGGACUUGCAAAGAGCUUGAAGAAAUUAAUGUUGUUAAUUAGCCUGAAGAUGAAUGGUUAUUUUUAUCCUUCGUUCCUUUCCUUUCGUUUCCUUGUUGGCUUUCCGAACUUGGUUGUUUUUAAUUUCCAUCUAGAUAACAUAUUUUGUGUAUUUCCCUUUUUGUGCUUCGCUAGUUUGUGUAUUAUUAUUGUGCUUAUUUCUUUUCUUCCAGCCUGGUGUAAGGAGAUUGUGUGGAGUAGAUGUAUUCAAUAAGAUUACUUUUUCUAG